AGCCGGGGCUGGGCACAGAAGUCCUUGCUUCCGAAGCGUCCUGGAGGAGAGCCCAGGGAAUGCCCGGCGCGGAAGUUGGGUAGAGCAAAGGAAGAACUCAGACGCCCGGGAGAGCGGGUCAUAGACAGCUGGCGGCGCCUCCGAGCCGGUGACCGGUCGCUGCGGUUAGGAAGUGUGUCAGUGGAUGCGGUCCCUGAUGCGAGCUUUCUGCAAGUAUUUUUUCCUCUGUUGAAGGCAGUUUUGUCUCUUCCUACCUAUCAGCGGAAGAAAAGGACUUCUUCCCACACAUCAGGGCAGGAAGAAGAUGAGCCUUAAAUCUGAACGCCGAGGAAUUCAUGUGGAUCAGUCUGAGCUCCUAUGCAAGAAAGGAUGUGGUUACUAUGGCAAUCCGGCUUGGCAGGGCUUCUGCUCCAAGUGCUGGAGGGAGGAGUACCACAAAGCCAGGCAAAAGCAAAUUCAGGAAGAUUGGGAGUUGGCAGAGCGGCUUCAGCGGGAGGAGGAGGAGGCCUUUGCCAGCAGUCAGAAUAGCCAAGGGGCCCAGUCACUCACAUUUUCCAAGUUUGAAGAAAAGAAAACCAAUGAGAAGACACGAAAGGUUACCACUGUGAAGAAAUUCUUCAGUGCUUCCUCCAGGGUUGGAUCCAAGAAGGCAGAAAUUCAGGAAGCAAAAGCUCCCAGUCCUUCCAUUAACCGGCAAACCAGCAUUGAAACGGAUAGAGUGUCUAAGGAGUUCAUAGAAUUUCUCAAGACCUUCCACAAGACAGGCCAAGAAAUCUAUAAACAGACCAAGAUGUUUUUGGAAGCAAUGCAUUACAAAAGGGAGCAAAGCAUUGAGGAACAGUCGGAGUGUACUCAGGAUUUUUACCAGAGUGUAGCCGAGAGGAUGCAGAUUCGUGGGAAAGUGCCUUCAGAAAAAGUUGAGAAGAUAAUGGAUCAGAUUGAAAAGUACAUCAUGACUCGUCUCUAUAAAUAUGUGUUCUGUCCGGAAACUACUGAUGACGAGAAGAAAGAUCUUGCCAUUCAGAAGAGAAUCAGGGCUCUGCACUGGGUCACACCUCAGAUGCUUUGUGUCCCUGUUAAUGAAGAAAUUCCAGAAGUUUCUGAUAUGGUGGUGAAAGCAAUCACAGAUAUCAUCGAAAUGGAUUCGAAGCGCGUGCCCCGAGACAAGCUGGCUUGCAUCACCAGGUGCAGCAAGCACAUCUUCAACGCCAUCAAGAUCACCAAGAAUGAGCCAGCUUCUGCUGACGACUUCUUGCCCACGCUCAUCUACAUUGUGCUGAAGGGCAACCCGCCUCGCCUACAGUCCAACAUCCAGUACAUCACUCGCUUCUGCAACCCGAGCCGGCUGAUGACCGGGGAGGAUGGCUAUUACUUCACCAAUCUGUGCUGUGCUGUGGCUUUCAUUGAGAAAUUGGAUGCCCAGUCUCUGAAUUUAAGCCAGGAGGAUUUUGAUCGCUACAUGUCUGGCCAGACCUCUCCCAGGAAGCAGGAAUCUGAAAGCUGGUCUCCGGAUGCCUGCUUAGGCGUCAAGCAGAUGUAUAAGAACUUGGAUCUCCUGUCUCAGUUGAAUGAACGGCAAGAAAGGAUCAUGAAUGAAGCUAAGAAACUUGAAAAAGACCUAAUAGAUUGGACGGAUGGAAUUGCAAAGGAGGUGCAAGACAUUGUUGAAAAAUACCCACUUGAAAUUAAGCCCGCAGCCCAGCCAUUGGCCGCAAUAGACUCUGAAAACGUAGAGAAUGACAAGCUCCCGCCACCGCUGCAGCCGCAGGUGUACGCGGGAUGACAGGCGUGGUGAGAGUGCUUGCUGGAGCCCGACCUAGGUAGCCCUUCCCAAGGCCUCUGACGGGGUCUGGAACAUAACUUCAUUGCUUACAAAAGUCAGAGCGUUUUAAGGUACAGUAGCUGGGGCUUGUUGAGUUCAUUUUGUUUCCUUUUUUCUGGCAGGGGAAGCUUAGUAAAUAAUAAAUAUUAUUUAUUUGAGUUACUGAAACAGAUUCAUCUAAGGCUUAUGUGAAAAUUCUGGUUAAAUAUUCUUUUUCUCCAUGAUUUUCCUCUGAGGCACUCACUGUGGUUUAGUGUGGAGUAAAUAAUUGCCUUUUAAGGGAGAAAACAAAUCACCACAAAGUGUGUGUGAAGGGAAUCCAGUGUUGUCACUGUCCAACAUUUUGAAAUAAUUUUGUAAGUGUAAAGAUAGUAGACCUAUUAUUGAUAAGUAAAUAUGUACAAUUGUAAAUAUGUAAAAGGAAAAAAGAAUGGCGUCUGCAGUGCAUGACA